AUGAGGUGGCUGCUCAUUCACAUAAUUAUUAUCGCCCACCUCACUUUCACAUCUUCCGCAGAUGUCAAUUGUCCAAGAAUCCCAGAGAAAUGUGCUUGUAAAGUUUCAAAGAAUUUAAUAGUUCUGGAGUGCGACGGCGUCGAAGUUUCUUCAAUUGCUCAAAGCGUUGGAGCGAAUCAAAUCGACGAGCUUCAUGUGUCAAACGGAAAAGAUGUUAAAAUCGAUUCAUUGCCGUUUACCGGAUUGCGUACCAUCUCGAUCGUCAAUUCGACACUUGAAUCGUUCACGCCAACGGCAUGGAGACACGUGGAGACCACAAUCGAGCACAUUACGAUCAGCGGGAAUCGACUGAAAACUGUGCCGGUCUUCGGUAAUAUGACGACCCUUAUGUCGAUGAAUUUGAAUAGUAAUCAGAUCUCUUCGAUUCCCGAAAAGGCGUUCAACGGUCUUUCCUCAUUGACUCAAUUGCGACUAGAGGACAACAAGAUUUGCGAUUUCCCGACAAAAUCACUGGACGCCGUCAAACAAUCCCUAGUGCUUCUCGAUGUCAGUGGAAACUGCCUGAGCGCUAUCCCGGCUCAAAUCCUGCGUAAUGCCGCCAAUUUGAUGUAUCUUGACUUAGGAAGCAACAACAUCAGCGAGAUUAAUAACUUUGAGCUGAUGAAUUUGCCGUUUUUGCGAGAGCUGCGAGUUCAGAAUAACUCAUUGCGCCGGAUUCACCCGAUGGCAUUCAUGAAUGUUCCACAGUUGCAGUACUUGUAUCUUCAGGAGAACAUCAUCUCGACUCUCGAUGGAAAUCGUUUGCAAGCAUUCAAGAAUCUCGAAGUUCUGGACGUCAGCAAUAACGCUCUCUACGCCCUCCCUUCUCUGAAAGAUCUUCCAAACCUGAAGCAAGUUCGUGUUGACGGAAAUCUUAUCACGAAAAUUGACACAUUGGCGUUCUCGAACAAUCCGAAACUGCAGCUUAUCAGUAUUCAGAACAACAACAUCGUUCAAAUUUCCCGAAACGCGUUCGAUUCGUUGGAUAAGCUUGUUGUACUUCUUGUUGGAAACAAUUCUCUUGCUAAGAUUGAACGCGGAAUGUUCGACGGGAUGAAGAAUCUUCAGCAGUUGAGCAUUCGGAACAAUACACUGACAGCAUUAGAUGCAUCUUCGUUCGCGCAACUUCCUCAUAUGACUACUCUCGAUUUGGGUUACAAUAAAAUUAAAAACAUCGAGGAGGGAACAUUUGAUAAGCUUGCAAAACUGUUCUGGUUGGAUUUGUCGAACAAUGAGAUCUCCGGAUUCCAAGCUAAUGUCUUCAAAAAGAAGAUCUCAAACAUUCUAUUGGAUGGUAACAAGUUGGUUUGUGAUGAAUCGUUCAAUGAAUUCCUGACAUACCUCGUGACAAACAAAGUUCGCACAUUCUUACCGUUCCAACAAGAAAUUACAUGCCACGGACCAGAAAAGUAUGCAGGUGUACGACUGAAAGAUUUGAUGAUGAAGAAGGCUAAUGAGACAAUCAGCGAAGGAACACGGCUGAUGGGUCUUCCACAGCAGAACAAUCAGCACAAUAUUCUGUCGUCUUUCCUUCCUUCACUUCCAAAUCUUGGAAAUUUGAAUGCUGGAGGAGCUGGUGGAGCUGCUAUUCCACUUGUCAAUACUCUUACUAAUACUAUUCCUGCUUUGCGAUCUAUCCCUGGUUUUGGAGGAGGUGCACCAGUCGGAAAUGGAGCUUCAUCUGUGCCAAAUAAGCAGUUGAACGACGCAAUCGAGGAUUUCACAGGACCACUUGUCAGAUUUGCCACUGGAGGACAACCUGUUGCCAGUGACAUCGAGCAGCUCAUUCGUUCCAUUCCCAAUAUGGUCGUCAACGUUCCUGGUUUCGGAGAUGUUGAUCUGAGCAAAAUGGAUCCGACUAUGAUACAAUACGUAUUGAAUGGCGGUCAGAUCCCUGGAAUUGACAAAGCAACACUCGAAUCAAUCGUGAAGCAAGCAAUGAAGAAAAUGCAUACAGCUGCAGCUGCAAACCUUGCUGGCAAUCCAAUAGAUGGACAAGAUAAGGUUCUUCCGCCUCUCGAGAAGCUACCAUCAGAGUUGGUGACACAAGUCAUGUCAGGAGAACCUCUUCCAGGACUUGAUAAGGAUGAAACUAAAACUAUCAUGGAGUACUACACUCAUCAGAUGCCUGGAAUGGAUGGUGUUCCUGCUCGUCCAAUCGAGAAUCAAGGGAAUGCGUCAACUAGCAUGUUCAAUCCAGCAAUGUUUGAUCUUCUCAAAAUGUUACCUCCAGGAUACAAUCUCACCAAGAUUCCAAUGGAAGUGAUCACUGCAGUGACACGUGGAGAAGUCCCAGACAUGCGUCUUCUCCCACAAGAUCUUCUGGAACACUUCAAACAACACACAUCCUCACUGACUUCUAUGUUCGCAGGAGCCACUGCAAAGAAUAUCUCGAUUGAAGAAAUUCUCGAAAAACUGCCAGUCUUCGUCCGACCUGAACUAUCGACAUUUGUGCCAUACGACAUCAACGAGUUGACAAGUGAAAUGGUUUUGGAGCAGGAACAAAACGAGCGACAUCGAAAUAUUCGAAUGAUCACUGCGAUUGCGUUGGCAUUCGUCGGAGCUGUCACUGUCUGUGUAUUGAUAUUCUUUGUGAAUUACACGAAAAAACAGAGAAGAGAAAGGAAAAGUUUUGUCAAUCGUUCAUCACCUUCAUCCGGUCCAGACACUUCCCGUAACUCAAUUCACUCGUCAGCGGCUCCUUCACCGAUUCGCCCUCCGAUGAUGUCCAUUCCGAAGACACCCAUCAACCGUACGCUAGAGAGCACAUUCGGCCAACCUCAACUUUGCUCAACACUGAUUGAUACCCCUCAAGUUAAUAGGAGUCGUCCGUAG